UAUCGAAUAGAUAAACAUAGGUGGUGGUAUAAAAGGAUAUAGACAUCUUAGGUUUUUUUAAGCACGAGCAGUAUUUUAUACUGGGAAUAUAUUCAAAUUACGGACCUAGAAAAAUUGAAAAGAAAAUCUAAUAAUUUGAAACUUUCCUCCUCUGCAAUGUAUUCAAAAUCCAGCCAUUCUCUGAAAGGAUCCGUGGGGAGAUUUUAAAUAUUUUUUGCGCACAUUUUAAUUUCAUAAUACACAAAUUGACUUGAAAAGAACCGGAUUUGAGAACACUUUGCACAACUGUCAAGAACAUGUUUCAGUCACCACAGAUGCCCAGUUUAGUCUCGGAACGACACAACUCAUCUCUUCAGAACAGCUACACUGGUGGGUCACAAAGUUGGUCACCAGGAACCGUCACGUGCGAUUGUGUUCCGGAAGCUCGAUAUUUUCAAGAGACUGAAUGUGGCUUCAACCAUACGUAUUAUCCCCGAUUAGAUUGGGACGCUGAUGCAUUAAAUAGCAUGUGCAAUACUUUAAACGGUUAUAAUCAACAUCAAAGUGCUGGCCUGGAAAACGACUUUCUCCGAAAGGAGACGUUCGCAGUUGAAAAUAGUGCGAGAACAUCAUUAAAUCAACAAGAUUCUUUCGGUAUCGACGUUUUUAAUUUUCUUGAGGAAUUGUGCAAAGGGCGCGUAGGAGAGAACACGGUGACUACACGAAGCAAUUUCCACGAGGAUCCACAGUCACAAGAAAUGCAGUCGUUACAUAAAGCGACCUACACCAGACCAUCCGCACACGUGACUUUGAGUCCUCAGUAUGACGACACAACAGGCGCAACCAUUGUCCUUGUAGCCGGUCAUAAUUACCCGACUGAUGCGCGAUCAGCAGCCCCAGCAUGUGAACACAUCGAUCGAGCUGGUCUGAAAAAAGAUGAUUGUCUACUAUUACAUGAAGUUACAGAUCGCAUUAUCCAGGAAGAGAAACCUGACUUCACAAUGACGAUAGAGAGAGUAGACAGGGACGAAUGUUGCUUGGAAAGAAAGCGAUCGAUCAAAUCUUUACCACAAAUGAAAUCGUUAAAAAUGGAGACAGACGGCUUGCUCCCUUCUGUGCAUGACACCUUUUUGUAUGGGAACGCCCAGGCGAGUUAUUGUGAAUUCAAUAACAGAUUGAUCCCAUUGACCUGGGAGAACAUCGACGUGUCAAAUCUCGCCAUGACAAAAAAAACCGACCACGAUGACACGCUCGAUUGCGUUGGUGACGGCAAAAGUACUUAUCACGAGCUUUCAUCGGAAAGCAGCGUCGCAAAUGAAAAUAUAACGUCAAGAAAUAUAACGUCAUCCCCGACAAAAGCUGAAAACUAUCAUACGACAGCCGCGUUACCAACGCAAUCGCGUUCACGCAAAGCCGCGACUUCUCGUCUGCCGUCGUUUUCCUCCUCGUUUUGUGGGUCCGCCGACGCCGCAUGCUCAAUGAAUCACGUCUCCGAUAACACACAUACGUCUGGUGAUAUUUUGCAAGGGUUGUUUUCACAUGCCGGCCUUCAUCACUUUACCGAAAUGGAUGACAUCGAUACGUAUGAUAACAGCAUCGAUGAUCUAGACAUUCUGAUUUCAAACCAUCUGAUGUCAGAACGAGAAAGAGCACUGUCACCGGAAGUGCCUCUUAUGGUGGAAGAGGCAGCUUCGCAACUAAUGCACAUAUGUACAACGAGGCCAACCACAAGACAAAAAGAGAAAGCCGGAUGUCGGAUCUGGGAGUACAUUCGCGAUCUGUUGCUCAGCCCGGAAACGAAUCCAUCUCUGAUCACGUGGGAGAACCGGGAAAAGGGAGUUUUUAAGCUGGUGAAGUCGAAAGAAAUCGCCAAAAUGUGGGGCCGGAAAAAAGGCAACGAGGAAAUGAAUUAUGAGAAAUUCAGUAGAGCCAUGAGGUACCACUACAAGCGAAAAGUGUUCGAGCCAGUGAUAGGCAAGCGUCUCGUAUACAAGUUCGGACCAAGGGCUACCGGUUGGCAGAUGUCAUAGCCAUUGCGACCCUAUGAAUCCGUGUGCUGAAACGUCUAUAACGGCGAAUGUUAGCAGUCAUGUGAACUUUGCUGUUUUGCGAACUUUGCUGUUUUGCCAAUGUUCUUUACCACAAUAACAUCGUAUAUUACCAUACAAGCAACUUUUUUAAAUUAGAUGUUAAGCUUCUAAGGCUUCAAAUAACUGUAUAUGUAACUUACUCAAUCAACGUAUUUAAUAAAACGUUACAAAAUUAAUAUGUAACUUAUCAUAAAAAAAAAAUCAAAUUGCUUGGUUCCCAAAUGUCUGACUGUUUCAUGCAGAGGUUAUUGUAACAUAUAUAUAUAUAUAUGUAUAUAUAUAUAUAUAUAUAUAUAUAUAUAUAUAUAUAUAUAUAUAUAUAUAUAUAUAUAUAUAUAUACAACAAUUUAACACAAUUAUAAUUAUGAUUUGAGUUUAUAACAAUGUACAUGCCGUGGUUUUUAUUUUCACAAGAUUGCUAGAAUAUGGUAUGAUGUACUUAUUUUUAUAAUAUACUUACAUUAAUGUAUUUCACUCAAUUCAUGUUGUAUCCUAAGGCACAUUUAACAUGGUAUUAUGUUAAUAAGAACAAUAAGAACAAUUGCCACUUGCUUUUAAGAUUUCUUUUAUUUUGAAUACAACUUUUGCAUAGUGUUUUGCAAUUGCUUUUAUCUGAUAUUGCUCAAAAUAAUUGUCAGUAGAUAGGUGUAAAAAUAUUCGUCGCUAUGGUCAUCUAUGUUUACUGAACUACGCUCAAUCUUGGUUUUUAUUUACCAAAUUAAAUGCCAAUUGUUUAGAUUGUUUACCCGACACUAUCCUUGUAUUUCCUUCGCAUCAAAUGGAAAGUGUGCAUUUUCAAUGCAAACAAUACAAAUUGUGAUAUUUUCUACAAAUAAAAAAUAACUUUUGCAUUUGAUUUUAUGGUAUUUUCUCAUACAAAAUAUUACAAAUGCUGUAAUUAUAUGUAUUUUAUUUAUGAACGAUUCUUUUCGUAAAAGAAAAUUCUUUAAACAAAAUAAUGGAGGGCUCAGAUCAUGUCUAUAUAUAUUGGCGAAGUUUAAGUAUGGUUAACAAUAGUGACGCCACUCUUCACUCCAUGACCAAUUAUAAAUGUGUUUAAUGAACUCUUUACUUGUUACACAGGUUGGAGACCAUUGCUUUGUGUGUUGAUUGAAAUGUUGCUCACAUAUACAAUAUUCAAUUAUUGA